UUAUUCGCGUCUCACGGAGAGACGAAGCUAUCUCCAUAUUCUCCGGUGACGUUUCACGCAACCAAUCACAAAGCUAUAUAACCACAAACGAGCCGUCGGAACGAAGUUACCCGCGCGAGAAGUCUGUGUCGCAAUAUACCGCGCGGCGGCGGUAGGUUUCCGAGCGAGGUAUCGCGACUUGACAGCAAAUAACGGAGAACAUCGGCGGUCGUGCAUCCCGAUGCGACGAGAAUUCGAUUCGCGCAUACAAAGAUGUCUUUCGUCUUCACUGUCACGUUUGUGCGAUUGCGACCGCAGAGCUAUACGCAAACCGCAGCUCGAGAUAACUGCGACUCUCAUAUACCCCGACUGACGAUUCUCUCUCGCUCGUGUUUCGACGCGCCUAUAUCCACACCUCGCAAUUGCCCCCCAAUAUAGUUGGCCCGUUGACGUUUCCAAAGUUUUAGAAAGCGUUAAUUACGAACGACGGACUUGCUCGUUAACGUCCGCUCCAAGUUUGCUGCCGCCGAAGGAUUCGAAAACCAGAGUGAUUAUAACACAAAUUGGCUCGUCAGAGUCUCAAUGAUUAAACACGGUGUCUCAAUUAACAACAUAUAACUCGACGACUGGACAAAAAGAAAUAUAAUCGUGCAAUCUUAUCGACGAUACUCGAAUUGACGAGGAUAUAGUGCGUGAUAAUGCAAUACGCGCUCGAGAACGAUGCAACGAGAAGAUGGUUUCCGGAAUUGAGUGAAUAGUGAGGUGAGGGGAUUUCAAAGAUCACGACGCACGUUCUCCGAUGACAGCUUGUGACACCACGUGUUCGCAACGUCAUUUGAAGACGAAGACGUCGACAGGGGUGGUAACGCUGGCGCUACAAGACGAUCCAUAAUGCGUGUAACGCGUGUGCAAGCUGUGUCUGGCAGUGCAUCUCCAAUCAAGUGUUAAAGGAUUGACGGAUUCAGAGUGUCGUCUGAAAAUUGCACGAGCGAACGGAAUUAGGAUGGUUUGAAAUCGCCAGAAGAGACGUUUGUCAGUAUGUUGCGGAUAUUGAUAGUGGUAACGUGCAUCGAGAUAUCGACGCUCGCUAGUGCACAGUCAAAAGGAACUACUCUCUUCGACGACGAUGCGAACAGCGACGAACCCAAGCCUCCAAUACCUAUGGAGUCGGUUGUUGGGGUGGCGGGUCAGAGGACGAUACUGCCGUGUAACAUACAGCCCGACUCGAAUGACGCCGUCUCCAUGGUGCUCUGGUUCAAAGAGGACAGCGGCGAGCCUCUGUACAGUUACGACGCGAGGAGUCGACAGUUCGGAAAACCAAAGCUGUGGAGCGCCCCACACGUUUGGGGCUCCAGGGCGUCUUUUCGUUCGAACCCACCGGGGCAGCUGACUGUUCUAGAUCUCCAGCAGAGUGAUGAGGGUGUUUACAGGUGCAGGGUCGACUUCCGGAACUCGCCGACAAGAAACUUCAAAGUUAACCUCACCGUUAUCGUGCCACCAGCGAAGCCGAUAAUCUAUGAUGCGAAGAGGCGAGACAUGAGCAAACUUCUCGAGUCUUACCCGGAGGGAGCUGACUUGUUCCUAGUAUGCGAGGUGCACGGCGGAAAGCCUAAACCACAGGUCUCGUGGUAUCUGGAAUCGCAGAACAUUCAUGCGUCCACCGAGGUUCGAGAGACUCAAGGACCGGACGGCGAGACCAACGUCGUGACCGUCAGCAACGUGACUGUGAAGGCACUCACGAGGAGGCAUCAUCACGCCAAGCUGACCUGUCGCGCGAAUAACACUCAAUUAGCGACGCCGCCUAGCACCACUGUCGUCAUAGAGCUUAACAUGAAACCGCUCAAGGUGGAGAUUUUGGGGAAGGACCAGAUUCUAUCGGUGGGGAAGACAUAUGACGUGAAAUGUCAGAGCAUCGGCUCGAGGCCGCCGGCAGUCUUGUCCUGGUGGAAAUCCUCAAAGCAGCUGAAGGGACUGAAGAAAAACGAUGGCGUGAGUCUGCUGCAAUUCACGCCGACAGUAGAAGACGAAGGGAAGUUCUUGGUAUGUCGUGCCGAGAAUCCGAAACUGCCGGAAGCCGGUAUCGAGGAUCGAUGGAAGCUGAAAGUGCACUUCGCGCCCAUCGCCAGUCUGAAAAUGGGCUCCAGCUUGGAUCCGAGGAACAUCAGAGAGGGCAGCGAUGUGUACUUCGAGUGCAACGUCAGAGCGAAUCCCAGAUCGUAUAAACUGACCUGGUUCCACGGGGAGGAGGAGCUGCAUCACAACUCUAGCGCCGGUGUGGUGCUUUCGGACCACUCGCUGGUGCUACAGAGCAUAACUCGAGAGUCCGCCGGAGGGUACACCUGCAUGGCCACGAAUGUCGAGGGCCGCGCCAAGUCCAACGUAGUCAAUCUCGAGGUUAUGUUCGCGCCCAUCUGCAAGCACGUGCUGAACUCGGGUAGCGGCUGGAGGCAUCAAAACGCCACUCCGCCGCCGUACAACAUACCCGAAGAGGUGCACGGCGCCCUCAAGCACGAGACCAUAAGUUUAGUUUGCGAGGUCGAGGCCAACCCCACCACAGUGACCUUCCAUUGGACGUUCAACAGUAGCGGUGGCCUCAGCGAUGUUCCGUCCACCAAGUACACCAGCGACGGCACUACCAGCAGGCUUAAUUACACCCCGUCGACCGAUAUGGAUUACGGGGUUCUCGGCUGCUGGGCCAGCAACGACGUCGGUCCUUCCAAACAGCCCUGUCUCUACCAGGUCAUCGCCGCAGGCAGACCUUACCCAUUGCAGAAUUGCACCACCUACAAUCUGAACGGCUCCUUGGUGCGGAUAUCUUGCGUCGAGGGAUACGAUGGCGGUCUACCGCAGAAAUUCGUCGCCAUCGUCGGCAAGCGGCGUCUCGAAUCCUCGAUUCCUUCGUGGGAGUUUCCACUGCUCAAGCCGGCGAAGGUCGCUCUUUACGCGGUAAACGCGAAGGGCUCUAGCGAGCCGUACGCCAUUGAGGUCGCUUCGAAAGGGGUAGCCAAGUUCACAGGCGAAUCAACGUCGGUCGACAUGUCACCGAUCCUCAUUGGACUCGGGGGCACGGCCACCGGUCUCGGGUUAAUCGUGACCGGCGUUCUAAUGGCGCUCUGGAGGCGGCAUGCGGCCACCCCAACAAAGUCGAAGCCGCCGCAACAGCCGACCAUUGCGACUUUUGCUGGGAAGGGCGAGGAGGAGGAUGGCAAUCCCGACCUUAUACCUACGACAGCCUUGACCAAUCAUCUCACUGACAGAAAGCUUCCUCGUUACGGGUCCUUGCCGCGAAGACCACGUCAGCUGGAAGGACGCGAGAUGUCCCACGACGUCCUAGAAGAUUCAGAUUAUCCGAGAGCAUCGCCGAACACAUUUUACAGUCUCCAGAGGCCACACACGGAGUCGAUCAGCAGGAAUAUUCAGGAGAGCUGCAUUUAAGGAUCAAACAUACCGGCUAGAGUACAUUAAGAGAAGUGGACGACGGGUGAUCUAGACGGGGAUGGACUAGAAAGAUCCAGGCGUCCGCGCUGACAUCAAUUCUAGCUUCCGGGUCGUUGACCAUUGUUCAACAGGGUAGAGAUCCUUGGACCAUGGCUGAUGGAGAUUGGAGCGCGAAGGUGAAAGAAAAGGAGGAAAAGCCACACGCUUGCGCCACGUUUGCACGCGUUCAAGCGUACCGGAGAAACAUUUAUAUAACCAUUGAUUUUGAUUCACACAUUCUACGCCUCUUUGUAAAUAUUGUAUAUAAAUAAAACACAUCCAAUUUCGUGUUAUACACUUCCUUUUAUCUCCGUGUUACUCGCCCGUAACGAA